AGAGGGCAGCAGCGAGCUCUACUGAAGGUUGGUUUAGCUGGAAAGCUCUGGGGGCUCUGACGGGCAGCAGGUGGGAGGAGGAGGAGGAAGAAGAGGAGGAGGAGGAGGACUAGGGAGAGGGAGGCAGAGAGAGCGAGGGAGGGAGCUUGCAGGCCAGUCAGUCAGUCAGUCAGUCGGCCACAUAGAUGCGUGGAGGUUGGCGUCUGGCGGCGGGCCUGCUCUCCGGGGAGACGUCGCUGCCGCCGCCCCAAGAUGGAUUUCAGCAUGAAGAAGCUGGCCUCGGACGCCGGGAUCUUUUUCACCCGAGCGGUGCAGUUCACGGAAGAGAAAUUUGGCCAGGCGGAGAAGACCGAGAUGGACGCUAACUUUGAGAGCCUCCUGGCCCGGGCAGACAGCACCAGGAACUGGACGGAGAAGAUCCUGCAUCAGACAGAGGUGCUGCUGCAGCCCAACCCCAGUGCCCGAGUGGAGGAGUUCCUCUACGAGAAGCUGGACCGGAAGGUGCCAUCCCGGGUCACCAAUGGGGAGCUGUUGGCCCAGUAUAUGGCGGAGGCAGCCAACGAGCUGGGGCCGGGAACCCCCUAUGGGAAGACCCUGACAAAAGUCUCUGAGGCGGAGAAGCAGCUGGGGGCGGCAGAGCGGGACUUCAUUCAUUCGGCCUCCAUCAACUUCCUCACCCCUCUGCGCAACUUCCUGGAAGGGGAUUGGAGGACGAUUUCAAAAGAGCGACGACUCCUGCAGAACCGGCGGCUGGACCUGGAUGCCUGCAAGGCCCGGCUGAAGAAAGCCAAGGCGGCCGAGGCCAGAGCAGCGUGUGAGGGAGAUGCUGUGCCUGAUUUUCAGGAGACUAGACCUCGUAAUUACAUUCUCUCUGCCAGUGCAUCAGCGCUCUGGAACGACGAGGUGGAUAAGGCCGAGCACGAGCUGCGUCUGGCCCAGACGGAGUUUGACCGCCAGGCCGAAGUGACCAGGCUGCUGCUGGAGGGGAUCAGCAGCACACACGUGAACCACCUGCGCUGUCUGCACGAGUUUGUCGAAUCUCAAGCGACCUACUACGCCCAGUGCUACCGGCACAUGCUGGAGCUGCAGAAACAGCUGGGCAGCACCCAGGGAGUCAUACUGCCCGGCACCUUCGUGGGCAACCCGGAGCCCCCCUCCCCGCCCCCGAGCGGCACCUCCCUCCCCACGGCCGCCGCCGCCACCAUUCCCGUGGUGCCCGCGGGCGGCGAGGCGGCGGCCCUCGGCCUGGCCGACGUGGCUCCCCCGGCCAGCGGGACCCGCAAGGCCCGCGUCCUCUACGACUACGAGGCAGCCGACAGCAGCGAGCUAGCCCUUCUGGCUGACGAGCUGAUCACGGUGUACAGCUUGCCCGGCAUGGACCCCGACUGGCUCAUAGGAGAGAGAGGCAACCGCAAGGGCAAAGUCCCCGUCACCUACCUCGAACUGCUGAGCUAGAGGACCCUGCGUUUCUUCUCUCUUCCCCGCCUCCCUCCCCUUCACUCAUCCCUUUACUGUGAGACCAAGGCCCUGCCUGCCUCCCUCUGCCUUGUCCCCUGGGGGUGGGAAGCCGGGGGGUGGGGGCUCCCCUUGGGACCAGCCUCUCCCUAGUGUUUGCCGGGUCCCGCUGCUGUGCCCCGGGCAGCGGAGCCCCCAGUUCUCACAGGCUUGAACCCAAGUGUUGUCCCAUCCUGGCCCUCAUCCAGACAUUCCCUGGAGGUGGCAGGGAGGGGAGGCGCGGGCGACCCCUCCCCUCCUCCCCGUGGGCGCAGGCAGUUCAGACCCCUAUGCCCCUAUUCUCCUCUCCAGCCCCGUGAAGCGGUGCAGGAGGAGGUGGCUACCCUGCUUUUACUCCAACGAGAGAGCAGCUCUGCCUGAAUCCAGGGACGAGGCCCUCAGGCCCCGGGGCACAAACACAACUUCCUCUUGGCCCUCUGCCCUCCUGGGCCUGGCAGGGGUAGGGAAGGAGGUUGAAGCAAGAGCCAGUGGGCUCCUGUCCCAGGCCAGGGAGACGGGAGCGGGUUUCAAAAGCCCCUGGGGCGGCAGGGGCCGCCAUCCCAGGGAGGGACACGAGCCCGGGGCUAGAGGUGGACCCAUAGCUAGGAGCGGGGCUUAGGGGCACAGGAGGAAGAGCAGUGUUGCCAAAAAACACCCGUACCAAAGUUGGGGCGGGCACGGGCCGGCCCAGCCUCCAGCUCCUCCUGCCCCAAGACGGUGGCUCCCGCCUGUCGUGCUGCGGGUGGGAGAAGAGCUGCUGCCCGCUCUCUGCCCCCAUCCCGUCCCUGGGCCUCCCUCGCGCCUCCCCCAGUCUGGCCAGCCCAGGUCCCGCAGGCCUGGAAACACUUCCGGGAGCCAACCCUCUCAGCCUUUUUAAAUUGGUAUUUUUACUCGAGUGUUACUGCCUGCCUGCUCUGCCUCUACUAAUAAAUUGCUUUCACGCUGA